AUGCAUGGGUCCCGGGCCGUGGCCGCUCCGGGGGCCGAGUGCUAUGGGGCUGAGCUGGGACUGGACGCAGCCAUGUCCUCCCUGUCGGCGCUCUGGCGACCGGUCGGGCCCUCAGGCCUCGGCUCCUCGGUGUACUGCUUCACCAGAGGACAGCACCUCUGGGGGUGGCUGGCCCUUUCUGUGCUCCUACCUAGCUUCCGGGUCCAGGGCCUGAGCUAUCUGUGGUUCCAGGCAGACGGGCACCAAGGUCAUUGCUUGUUGCUCAUGCUACACCCACCCCCCCAGCUGGGCGUGUGGAACAAGCAGCCUCCUUUCACCUCUGGAGGCAGCAUCUCGCUGGUCAUUUACUACAGCCUGCAGCCCCCCAGCUCCACAGACAGGCGGCAGGGCUGGUGUGGCAGGGCCACGUCUGUCUGGGAGUCGUGUGCCAUCCCAAGGGGAGGUAACGCAGGCACGGAAGCCCCUCCCCGGGCCUCGGCUCCAGCUGGGGAGAAGCUGGGGAGCCUAGGCACUCGCCAGGGGGAACGUCACGAGUUCACCUGCCAGGGGAAGGCCCCUAGCCCACUGUGGGGACCCCACGCUGGGCUAGAAAGCCGGACUGCUCUAGAUGAUUCUUUCCUCAGUCACCAUCACGGCUGUUGGUGUGACUUGCCCUAAAAAACAGGAAAUGUGUCUAAGAUCGACGCAGCCUUUGGAGAAGACAGUCCUGGCCACUUUCAUCUCCUGGCAUCGGGGGUGAACCAGCCCUAACCCCAGUAAAGGACACCCCUGUUUUCCUAGCCAGAGCUCCCACUGUUACCCCAGGACCCGUCCUCAGAGAAAGGCUCUGAGUUUCAGGGUGUCCUGACCUCAGAAGCAGACAUGUUGGAAACCUCCAGUUUCGUCUCCUUUGCCAGCGAUGGUCGGGACCCAGCUCCUGCCCAGAAGCAGUCCAUAGGACAGAGGGAGCGCAACCUGGAGGAAGGGGCCGGGGCUCUUUCUCCAGGGUGGAGCAGGAAUGCGGGUGGGUGGAGAGGAGGGGAAGGACCAGAGGGCUACACAUUGGACUUCAGUGCCAUGGUAGAGGGGGGCCGGGCAGGCAGGCAAUUCUGCCGACAUCCCGCUCCCCUUGGCUGGCCACGUGGCCCUUCCCUGCUACCAUGGCUGACAUGAGCCCGAUCCUAGGCCUGGGACCUUCCAGAAGCUUCCGCCCCAUCGUGGGCUGCGUUGGCAGAGCCCUGAGCAGCUCAGAGCAUGGGGAGCAGCAGGAGCCCACACGGGGCCGGAACCUUCCUGCCACUGCUGGGACACGGAUCUCAUGGCCAAAGGCAGCAUACCAGUUCCUAAGGACGGCUCUCAAAGCCCUGGGAAAGGCAACCAGAGGAACCUGAGAGAAGAUCCAGAAGGGGAGACCCUUGGAUAGGGCGUUAUGUGGGGGCUCAGGUAAGGAACCCCUGAUCCCAAGAUGGGCUUCUGACUUCCUUCUUCUGCAUCCUUUUCUUCUUCUGGCAGAGAGAAGAGGGAUUUGCUAAGCAGCCAAGAUUCUGAGGAAAGCCUCGAGGUGGUGGGACCUUUGGCAGCAGCCCCCUAAGGGGGACCUAAACCCCCGUGUGAUGCCUCAUUCUGCUUAUGCUUCCAAAAGACCAGAGGAGAGGUUAACCUCUG